CGGCCACCACCCUCCGCCGUGUCGUCGGCCUUGGCAGCGCGGGACCUCGACUUCCCGACCUCCAGCGCACCACCCUCUUCCAAUUCGGUCAAACCGCUCCCCCGGCCGCCCAUCACCGCCGUCAGUCAGGCUGCAGAAUAUGGGGACAAAAUCACCUUCCGCUGAUCCGGAAAAGACGGAGAUUGGAGAAAUUGACACGAGGGCUCCAUUCGAAUCCGUUAAAGCUGCAGUAAGCUUGUUUGGCGAGGUCCGCUUUUCAUCUGACAAAUCUGCAACCAGAAAGGCACAGGCUCCUCAAGCAGAGAGGGUGUUGGCAAAGGAGACAGAGCUGCACUUAGCCCAGAAAGAACUGGAUAAAUACAAGGAACAGCUGAGUAACGCUGAGACUACCAGAGCUCAAGCCCUCUCUGAACUGGAGAGAGCUAAAAAAACCGUUGAGGAUCUAACAAAUAAGCUUGAUGCAGUUAACAAGUCAAAAGAACUGAAUAUUAAAGCAACAGAAGAUGCAAAUAUCCGAACAAAGGAGCUUGAAGGUGGAAGCUCUGGUGAAGCAGUUGGAAAGGAUGGUCCUUUGAAACAAGAGCUAGACAAUGCGAGGGAACAGUAUACUGUUGCUCUGGCAGAUCUUGAUGCAGCAAAGCAAGAGCUUAGAAAACUGAGAAAGGAUUUUGAAACCUCGCUGGAUGCCAAGUUAUUUGCUGCUCAGCAGGAAGCAGAGUCCAUGCAGUCUUCUGAAGCAAACAAGGAAAAGGCAUCGCAGCUCCGUACUGAGAUUGCACAAGUUCAGGAGUCACUUAUGCAUGCUAAGGCAGCCACGGAGCAAGCACGUGAAGAGGAGGCACACGUUCUUGCUGAGAAGGAUGUUGCCAGGAAAACCUGUAAAGAAGCUCUGGAAGAAAGUCGGAGGAAAUUGUCAGCUUUGAGAAAUGGUUUUGAUCCUGUAGCUUGCAAGAGCCUCCAAGAGAAACUAGAUGAGACUUAUUCUGAGAUUGCAUCUUUGCAGAAGCAGAUUGAAGAUGCCAGAGCUCGGGAUUUGGAGGCCGUUUCUGCUGUCAGCACAGAGCUGGAUGAUGCUAAAGAAACGUUGCAGAAAGUUGCACAAGAGGAAACUUCUCUUAGCAGUUUGGUUGAAUCUCUGAGGCUGGAGUUACAGGCUGUAAAGGAGGAACACAAUCAGCUGAAACAUAAAGAUGCAGAAAUUGAAUCUAUUGUGGGAGACCUACAUGUUAAGCUCCAGAAGUGUAAAUCUGAUCUUGAGACAGCGGUUGCCACAGAAGCGGAUGCAACAUUAGCUUCGGAUGACCUGAUGUUGGCCCUAGAGCAGUUGUCUUCCGAGUCAAAAAAUGCUCUUCAGGAAGCUGAGGUGAUGCAGACACGCGCAGCUGAGUUAAGAGAUGAAGCUGAAGCAGCACGCAGUGCAUUAGUGGAAGCCGAGCAGAAGUUACAGUCCUCCUUGAAGGAAGCAGAAGUAGCAAAAGCGGCUGAAUCAAAGGCUCUUGAUCAGAUCAGGCAACUAACGGACAGGGCAACUGCUGCACGUGCUUCAAUUUCAGAACCAGGUGCAAAUAUCACCAUCUCGAAGGAGGAGUUUGAAUCUUUAAGCCGAAAGGUGGAACAGUCGGAGAAGCUGGCCGAGAUGAAGGUUGCUGCUGCUAUGGCCCAGGUGGAAGCUGUUAGAGCAAGCGAGAAUGAGGCAAUCAAGAAACUGGAAGCUGCUCGGAAGGAGAUGGAAGACAUGGAACUGGCGACAGAGGAGGCGCUAAAGAAGGCAGAGACGGCGGAAGCAGCAAACAAGGCGGUGGAAAGUGAGCUCAAGAGGUGGCGAGAGAAGGAAGAACAAAACAAAAACGCCGAGGCCUACAUGCCUCCGGUGGGAGCCACAUCGCUAGCAGAUGCUCCGUCUAACUCUGUGCACAGGGCUUCCGCCCCAAGAGCCAACGAAAAGAGCAAUGGGCAUCAGAAGAACAGCAAAGCUCUGUUGAAGAAGAGCUUCAUGCUGCCUAGCAUCUCAGGAAUGUUCCAUCAUAAGAAGAAGAACAAUGCUGAUGGCAGUUCACCCUCAUAAUCUGUCCGAGUUCUUUCUUGCAUAGUGGUUCCAAACUCCCAACACACUGUUCAUCUGUGUGAGUGUAUUUCUUCUAGUGGUGUUGUACUUUGUAAUGCUACGAAUUCCGAACUUGUGUUAUGUAACCAUGUUCAUGCUGUAUAUGUAUGUAUACUUUUUGCUGGUAACCUACUGGCUCUAAAAAUCCAAAUCAAAUCACACCUUGUUGAUGCUUUCCCUA